AUGUUCCGUUUUAUCGCCGUAUUCUUCGCCCUCUUGUCGGUGGUCCUCGCUGCUCCCAGCUACAUUGCCCCAUCUUACGGUGUGGUGCCUGUGGCCCAUGUAGCUCCAGUGGUUUCCGUCGUGAAGCACGUCCCGGUGGUGAAGAGUGUCCCUGUGGUUCAGCACGUUCCCGUGGUGAAGAACGUCCCAGUCAUUAAGAAUGUUCCCGUGGUAAAGCAUGUUCCUGUGGUUCACAGUGUGCCUGUCGUCAAGUCCUUUGCUGUUUCGAGCUACGGACAUGACUAUUACGGUGGAUUUUAAAGGAUUCCUAAUCGAAAAACCUCAU